UACAAUUGUCACUUCUCUUGCCCCUAGCAUUUGCAUCUCUUGCCUGUGGUUGGUUCAAAUGGAGGCAGCAAGAACUCACAUAGCCCUUGUUUCCAUCCCUGCUUUCAGCCACCAAGUUUCAAUCCUUGAAUUCGCCAAGCGUCUCAUCAAUCUCCACCAAGAACACACCUUCCAUUUCACAUGCAUCAUUCCCACCUUUGGUUCACCCACCAAUGCUUCAAAACCCUUCUUUGAUUCCCUCCCUCCAACCAUUCACUACAUUUUCCUCCCCCCAGUGGACUGUGAGGACCUACAAGUUAAUGGGGUUCCCAUAGAAAUCCAAAUUCAGCUUUCAGUUUCUCGAUCCAUGCCUUUGGUGCGUGAAGCAUUGACAUCACUCAUCAAUAGUAGCGGUUCCUCCAAAGUGGUUGCUCUUAUUGCUGAUGGCAUGGCAAUUGAAGCACUAGAGUUUGGUAAGGAAUUUAACAUCUUGUCCUACAUAUACUUCCCUUGUUCAAUCAUGUUGUUAUCACUAUGCCUACACUCUUCAGAAUUGGAUGAAAAAGUUUCUUGUGAGUAUAGAGAUCAUCCCAAAUUAAUAGAGAUUCCGGGUUGUAUUCCUGUUCAUGGCAAAGAUCUUCCAAAUAGUGUUCAAGAAAGGUCUAGUUUGAAGUACAAAUUGUUUCUUAAACGUGGCCAAAAAUACCGUUGUGUUGAUGGUUUGUUAGUAAAUAGUUUCAUGGAAUUGGAACCUGAUGCAACAAGGGCAAUAUCACAAGAAAGUAGAUGUAAUCCUCCUGUAUAUCCAAUUGGGCCCAUUACGCAAAGUGGGCCUAGUGAUCCAAAAAAUGGUUGGGAGUGUUUACUAUGGUUGGAUAAGCAGCCACCUAACUCGGUCCUUUAUGUGUCAUUUGGAAGUGGUGGCACACUCUCACAAGACCAAAUCAAUGAGCUUGCUUUGGGGUUGGAAUUGAGUAAGCGUAAGUUUUUAUGGGUUAAUUUGAGAGCACCAAAUGAUAGAGCCAGUGCUACUUAUUUCAAUGGUGAGGGGGUGGAGGAUCCUUUGCACUUUUUACCAUUGGGAUUCUUAGAGAGAACAAAAGGGAAGGGUUUGGUCAUGUCUGGUUGGGCUCCUCAAAUUGAAGUCCUUGGUCACAAGUCAAUUGGUGCAUUUCUAAGUCAUUGUGGUUGGAAUUCGGUUGUGGAGAGCGUUGUUCAAGGUGUGCCAAUGAUUGCUUGGCCGCUAUUUGCUGAACAAAGAACCAAUGCGGCUUUGGUAACUGAUGGCUUAAAAGUUGCUUUGAGACCAAAAGCUAAUUCUAGUGGCAAUGGUUUGGUGGUGAAAGAGGAAAUUUCUAAUCUCAUAAAGCGUCUUAUGGAGGGGUUAGAGCGUGAAGAAAUUCGUGGGAGAAUGAAAGAACUACAAAAGUUGGCUGCUUGUGCUAUGAUGAAAGAUGGGUCUUCCACAUGCACAAUAUCAAAGUUGGCAUUCAAGUGGAAAAGUUUGGGAAGAUCCUUGGAAGAUUGAACAUGGCAUUACCUAAGUUUCAUGUGCUUUUGCUUUGUUAUUUUGUAUUAA